UCCUAGCCACACUCCCCUGCGACCUUCCCAGCCAACACUCCCCACUCAGUAUUCACAGACCACAUUAAGGACAGUCCCAGUUCGUCGUGUAACUGGCCGCCCCGCCCCAGAGGUGGCUGCAUCUCAGCACCGGGCGAGGGGGUCCCUGUGUAACCAGCCACCCUGCCGCAGAGGGGCCGCGUCUCAGCACCAGGCAAGGGGUCUUAGCUGUCAUUCAGCUGUAGUAGGUUGUUAUCCUCUCGUCUGACAUGCCCCCACACACACCCGUAGGGGAAACUAAGCUGCGGAGUGCUGGUCCGGGUUCUGCCCCCCACCAAUGCCCCCAAUCCCGCCCCACAGGCCCAGCCCUCCCCGGGAAGAGCCCCCCAGCGAGGAGCGGAGGCGUCCUGAGACGCUGCAGAUCUGGCAGGAGAGGGAGCGGCAGCAGCAGGCGUUGCGGAGCCAGGCGCUGGAGAAGCGGGACAGCCUGCCGAGGAUGGGGGCCAAAGGCAGCUUCGGCAGCGCGCAGGGCCCGGCGGCCAGCAAUGGUCUGUCGGAGAGCAGCAGCGUGCCCCGGAGGAAGCCGAGAACCCAGGUCACGGAGCAGCCGCCCGGCAUCCCCAGCCCAGCAUCCCCUGGGCAGAUGUCCCGGCAGCAGGAGUCCCUCCCUCCGCCAGUCUCCAGCCCCCCGGCCCGGGAGCCCGGCUCGGCCCAGAAGCCCAGCAGCUUCCUCUUCCGCUCCACGUCGCGGACCGCCAUCAAGCCCGGCUCCGCCUGUGCCCCCCACGACUGCACCGCGGACCCCCAGCACCCCCUGCGGCUACGGGCCGGCUCGCACGACCUGGACGAGAAGGAGUUAACAGCUCAGCUCCGCAAGGUACAGCCAUGCCCCCCCUCAGCCCCCGGGUCCCCCCGUGAGCUCCCGGCACCGAGUCCCCUGGGUGGGGCUCCUGAGGACCCCCCGACAUCCCCCCGGGCUUCGUCUCUCUCCCCGGCAAACCGGUCCACUGGGCGCUUCGUUCCCAGCCCCUCUGGCCGGCUCCUCGCCGGGGACGGCCCUGGCCAUGGGGUGCCGGGCUACAGAGCGUGGCCUGGUCUCUGUGCCCCGUUAGCCCGUUGCCGUCACACCUGCCUCUAGGGGUCACCGCACCGAUUCCACCCCCUAGAUAGAGGAGUGACGUGGGGAAACCGAAGCGCGCACACAGUAUUCAGACAAAAUAUUUAAAACGUUCCCACUUCGGCACACCUGCCCGCCCCCGAGACCCUGAAAGCUUGGCUGAGAUCCCAUACCAGAAUCUGCAAGGCUGG